UGUCUAGACGGCGGUUUUGGAAGCGUCUUCCAAAUUGAGGUUAUGAUUAUACGUGAACCGCAAGGUUACAAAAAUAAAUGUUCAUGUAUAGUUGUCACAUGGGCAGAAUAGUCUUGCCAUUUCAUUGAGUUCUUUUUGUAAGAGAGUCAAAAAGAUUAGGAACUCACUGAUUUUCCAAAAUGUCGGGCGGUAUGUUGUAUGGUGGAGAUGAAAUAGGAGCGUUGGUUUUUGACUUGGGUCAUCAUUCCUUGAGAGUGGGCUAUGCUCAGGAAGAUACCCCAAAGGCAGAAAUUCCGGCUGUUGUCGGAAUAGGAGAAGACUCCAAUGGCACAGCCACUAAGGUUGAACCCAUGGAUAUCGAUGAUAAAAAGCCUGACAAUAAUAUUACGCAAAAUGGGACCAAAUAUUAUAUUGAUACCACCAUUCUUCAUGUUCCACGGAAGAAUACAGAGAUUGCGAGUUAUAUGAAAGAUGGUAUGAUUGAAGAUUGGGAUCAUUUUGAGAAGGUUUUAGAUUAUACAUAUUCAAAAAUAAUUCAGUCCGAUGCCGAAUAUCAUCCUGUAUUAUUUUCUGAAUCGCCAUGGAAUGUGCGUAGCAAAAGGGAAAAGUUGACUGAGCUAAUGUUUGAAAAAUAUAAUGUACCAGCUUAUUUUCUCGUGAAAAAUGCAGUUUUGGCUGCGUUUGCCAAUGGUAGAGCAACUGGUAUUGUCGUCGAUAGUGGUGCCACACAUACGUCUGCAGUACCUGUACAAGAUGGAUUUGUGUUGACACAAGCCAUUGGUAAAUCACCCCUUGGUGGAGACUACAUAAGUAUGCAGUGCAGACAGUUUUUACAAGAUAACGAUAUCGACUUGUCACCUCCUUAUAUGGUGGGUAGUAAAGAAGUAGUUAAAGAUCAUGAUAAACCACGAUGGAUUAAAAAGAAAGGUUUGCCUGAAGUUACCAAAUCUUGGCAUAAUUAUAUGGUAAAGAAGGUGGUUCAGGAUUUCCAAGCCACAGUUCUUCAGGUAUCAGAAACACCGUAUGACGAGAAGAUUGUUUCUACGAUUCCUGCAGUUCAGUAUGAAUUCCCGACUGGCUAUCAUCAGGAUUUUGGAAGUGAGAGAUUUCGAAUACCAGAGGCAUUAUUUGAUCCUAGUAUAGUACAAAUGCGUGGAGGUAUGGUUGGUAAUACUAUGUUGGGAGUAGGGCAUAUCGUCACAACCAGUGUUGGCAUGUGCGACGUUGAUGUACGACCAGCGCUAUACGGAAGUGUUGUAGUAACUGGUGGCAAUUCAUUUAUUCAGGGUUUCCCAGAACGUUUGAAUAGAGAUUUAUCUAUGAGAAUACCCUCUAGCAUGCGUCUUAAAUUGAUCAGUGCAAACGGAUGUGCAGAAAGAAGAUUUGGAGCAUGGAUUGGUGGUUCGAUAUUAGCGUCGAUUGGUACUUUCCAGCAAAUGUGGAUCUCCAGUCAGGAAUAUGAAGAAAGCGGAAAAAGUCAAGUAGAAAGGAAAUGUCCUUAAAACAUGAUAACUCUUUGUAUGUUUUCAUCGUAUUAGUGUCAGUGUUUGUAUAAACAUCGUCCGGAGAGUGAGUACAACUUUUGAAAGAGGGAACUCUACAUUCUAUAUUAAUUUGUAUCAUUUAAUACAAAUUAUGAUGCAUAAAGCACGUUAGACUAAAGUACUUUUAAAUAACAUCUUUUUAUAACGUAUCAUGAUGACAAAUAUAUUCGUGACGAUAUGGAAUUAAAUAUCUGCUAGUAUAUAUAUGGAUAAACGUAUUCUAACUGUAAAUUACACAUUGUUCCAAAUUAUAUUAUAAACAGAUGACAUAGAAGAAAAUCGAUUUUUAUUUAUUACUGAUAUGUGCUGCGUGCACAAAUGACGAAGUUUUGUAAAUCAUAAUAAGAUUUUUUUAUAAAAAAAAUUCACAUGCCAUAGCAAAUUGUCAUGGAAAUAAAUUUGUUGUUUUUUCGAUUUCACACGUUCUUGCAUUUGCACAAUGUCCUCGGUCUUGUUUCACUACCAAUAAUGUCAUAUGCAUCAUAUUGGAAUUGUAAGUGUCCAACCCCACUUGUAGCAAAUGUCGCUACGAGAGCGAGAUGGAGUAUACGUUCACCUGGAAGCUAUAAUUAUCCUUUGUGACAUAUACAUGUAUUGUAUGGAAAUAAUAAAUAAGUAUAAGGUACAAAAGUA